AUGUCUCUCGACGGGUCGUUGUACCGAGGGGUUGCGUCCCCGCCUGCUCGAUCCUCUCGCGCCCAACCCCCGCGGAGGACUUUCUUCGGCAUCCUCCAGAAGCCGCCGCGACAAAUCAAGAAGCCCGAGUACGAGCCCGGUUGGACAACAGUGUUGACGUGGAGGAAUCGCUUACUGGAGAGCGUACGGCCACCGACAAGGACAGAAUUGGUGGAAGCCUUCCGAGAGCUUUUCGUCUACAAGCUACGGUUCAACGUGGUUGUCAACAGCACACAAGCCCUACACUGCAGAAACUUGCUGCAAUAUCUGCUGGAAAAUAAGGAUGAUGAACCGGGCGCCGGACUUACGCUGGCAGAGCUCGUUUCUGCGCGCGAGGCGCUGCUGAAACAGCCAAAGGAAGACACGAAAGAGCAUCUAGAGUUUUCCCGCCAGCUGUACGAGGCAAUUAAGGCGGAAAGGGCGCAGGAUCCGAUGGACCCUGGCGCGGCAGAGGACUUUGAAUCUUUCCUCGUUGCUUUGACGCUAUUUGGGGCGUCCAAGGAAGGCCUCGCUGUCCUGCAAGAGUACUGGGAUCAGCUCCCAGUGGCAGAGAGACCAGCGGCCCAGAACCUCUGGGUCAAUGUCUUUCAAGGCCUGGCGGAGGAGGGGCGCGAGUCAGAACUAGUCGAUGCUGUCGCGAAGUCAGAGACACUUGGCGUCCCAUUCACGUCAAGUGUCCAUGAGGCUUUGACAGUCUUCUUUGCGAAGAAGAACAAUGUGCUGGAAACGAAGAAGUGGUUUUUACGGCCAAUACACAACGAAGAGCGUCCGACCGCCAGGACUUACAAGGAACUGCUACAAUUUUCAGUUAGGACUGAACAGAAGGGCUGGACGACGCCGAUCUUUAAGAAGCUUGUGGACUCGAAUCCAAGCAAGGAACACUGGGAUGUUAUAUACCAGUGGGCCGUGCUUUCUAUGGGCAAGAGGCUCGACGAUCUGAAAGGCAUGUUCGAGGUUGUCGCCCGCCAUAACCCCGAAGAUCCCAACAAAUCACCGGAUACAGAUACCAUAAAUGGUCUUCUCGAGGUCGCUACCGAGAAAAACGACCCUUACUUGGCAGAACGGCUCAUCGCGUUUGCUUCUGAGCUCGGUAUCCGCCUCAACGCCAAGACAUACCUCCUCCAAAUGGACUUCAAGAUCAGGGCAAAGGACUUAUCUGGUGCGAGAGCUGCAUACAUGCAGCUCCCGAAAACCGAACUGGAGGGAGACGAGGAUCUGCCGCUGAUCAACAGGUACCUCCAGGCGCUUUGCCACCAACCGACACCAGAUUUGAAAUCCAUUCGUGAGAUCUCGGACAUUCUGGAGGAGCGCAUCGUAACACUUGACCCUGAUACUGUGGUUGCGUUGUGUACAGUCUUCCUGAAGAACGACCAACAGUUCGAGGUUAUCGACACACUGUCGCUGAAUGUGUUCCAACACAGCAACGAGCAAAGACAGUCUAUCAGAGACGCCUUUGUUGGAUAUUGUUUGGAUAGCAAAAACAGCACGGCGAGAGUGUGGGAUGCAUACUCAAUCCUCAGGCAAUUCUUCCAGGAGACUAGCAUCGAGAGUCGCCUUGAGCUGAUGGAUGCUUUCCUCGCCCGCAACCGUCCCGACAUGGCGGUCCAUGUGUUCGGACACAUGAGGCAACACGUCAACCCCGACUUCCACCCGGCCAGCGACGCCUACAUUAGGUUUUUUGAGGGCAUUGGUAGAUGUCCAGACUUGGACAGCUUGAAGCUAGCCCACAACAUGUUAAAGAUGGACACCACCAUCCAACCAACAACGAAGAUGUACAACGCAUUGAUGAUUGCUUACGGAGCUUGCAAACGACCGAGUAUCGGACUCGAUUUCUGGCAAGAUAUCGUUCGUUCGGCCGAGGGCCCAUCAUACAACAGUCUCGAGAUCGUGUUCUCGCUCUGUGAAAUCAAAGCCUUUGGGGAUCAGAUUGCCAGGGACAUCUGGAACAAAAUCGAAAAGAUGGAGAUUGAUGUUCCUCCGUCGGUAUUUGCCGCUUACUGCGGUGGUCUCGCGGGCAAUGGCAAUCUUCAAGAGGUGCAGAGCACGAUCAGAACGAUGAAGCGAGCUGUUGGAUAUGGGCCUGAUGCGAUGACUUUGGGCAUCCCUUUUAACGCAUUGCCUGGGCAAGGAUUACAAAGAGAUUUUGAGGCAUGGGCCAAAAAGCAGUUCCCUGAGGAAUGGACAGAGGUGGAGAAGCAUCGCUACUACACCACGGCGGAAAAGUUGAAGAAAUUCAAGCUGCAGCGGGUGCUGAAGGCAUGA